AUGGCUUCGCAAGAAGCUGCAGCGUCCAAGGCGGGGGUCGAGCCCCGUGAGGAGCCGGUGGAAGAGUCUGAGCAGCCCCAAAAGGAGCUGUAUCCCAUGGUGAACUGGAAAUACGACCUGUUCCUCUACGGCAUGGGGAAUCUCGUCAACCUCUUCUUCAGAGAAGUCGUGCCGCGGGGCUCGUGGAGGGUUCCGCAGACGGGGCCGGUGCUUUUUGUCGCCGCGCCACAUGCAAACCAGUUUGUCGACGCCAUCCUCCUGCAACGGACGCUGCGACUGGACGCCAACCGACGAAUCUCCCUCUUGAUUGCGCAGAAAUCCGUCCACGGCUUCAUUGGCUGGGGAUCCCGCCAGGUCGGCUCCGUCCCCGUCGGGCGAGCGCAAGAUGCCGCGAAGGCCGCGACGGGCCUUAUUUACCUCCCGGACCCGAUCAACGACCCGACGCUGGUGCGAGGCGUGGGCACAAAGUUUGGCGUGGGCGAGGGAGAGCCGCAGGGCCUGCUGUUCCUGCCGCCGGGCAAGAAGACAUCUGGCGAGAGUGUCAACAUUGACCAGAUCCUGGGCCCCGAAGAGGUUCGCAUCAAGCGGCCGUUCAAGACCCAGUUAGCUUUGAAACAGCUCACCGGACGAGAUGACAUUGACAAGGAGGGCCGAUUUACCAACAAAUCGGUCAACGGUUCUGCGCCGGGAUACAAGGGGACCAAGUUCAAGCUUGCGCCGCAUACCGACCAGACCAAGGUGUACGAGGCUGUCUUUGCGCGGCUGAGGAACGGCGGGUGCGUCGGCAUCUUCCCCGAAGGUGGUAGCCACGAUCGUUCCGAGCUGCUCCCUCUCAAGGCCGGUGUGGCCAUCAUGGCCUUGGGAGCGCUGGCUGAGGCACCCAACUGUGGCCUCAAGAUUGUGCCCGUGGGCAUGAACUACUUCCAUCCGCACAAGUUCCGCUCGCGCGCCGUCAUUGAGUUUGGAGCCCCCUUUGAGGUCCCGCCGCAUCUGGUUGAGAUGUACCGGAACAACCAGCGAAGAGAGGCAAUCGGCCAGCUCAUUGACACCGUCUACCAAGCCCUCAGCUCUGUGACCGUCUCAGCCCCAGAUUACGAUACGCUGAUGAUGAUCCAGGCUGCGCGAAGGCUCUACAACCCCACCGGCAAGAAGCUACCGUUGCCGGUUGUGGUGGAGCUGAAUCGCCGUCUGGCAUUGGGCUACGAGCGCUACAAGACCGACGAGAGGAUUACCAGUCUAUCCAAGAGCGUCAAGGAGUACAACUCGCAGCUGCGCUAUCUUAACCUGAGGGACCACCAGGUGCAGUACGCCACCAUGUCCAUCUGGAAGGUCAUUGUGCUCUUCAUCUACCGCUCCAUCAAGCUCCUGAUUCUCUUCCUCUGCACCGUGCCGGGCCUGCUUCUGUUCUCACCAGUCUUUGUGGCCACGAAGAUUAUCAGCAGGAAUAAGGCCAAAGCGGCGUUGGCGGGCUCAACCGUCAAGAUCCGCGGGCGCGACGUCAUGGCUACGUGGAAGAUUCUCGUUGCCUGCGGACUGGCUCCGACGCUUUACCAUGGAUACUCGAUUGCUGUGGUCGCUAGGGCGUGGUACGACCGCCUCUGGGGCUAUCUGCCGGAAUGGGUACCCCUGGUGCUGGUGUAUCUAGCUACGUGGGUGGCAUGGACGGCCAUUACCAUUGCGGCGCUGCGGUUCGGCGAGGUCGGGAUGGAUAUCUUCAAGUCGCUGAGGCCGCUGGUGCUUUGCCUGGUCCCGGCAUCUGAUUUCAACAUUCACAAGCUGAAGCGGAAGCGAGCAGAGCUCAGCGCCCAGGUGACGGACUUGAUCAACACCCUCGGGCCCGAGAUGUUCCCCGACUUUGAAAAGACGCGGUUGGUUCCCGACUUUUCUAAGAUCGAGACGGGAGGAACUCAGGCGUCCCCGACAGAACACCGUCCCCGGCGGGACAGCGACCAGUCGAGCGCGGGCCCCGAUCUGGAGACGCCGCCGCCGUUGUCACGACGCAGCACGACACAGUCCAGCCGCUUGCUUCCCCGAAACGACUCGUUCAGCAACAUUGGCAGAGUUGGCAUCUUCUCGACACGGCCUCCGUCGCGAUCAAGGAGUCGCUCCAACAGCGCGGGCGGUGGCUUUGGCUCCAGCGGAUUCCAUAUCAGCGGGUUUACAACUCUCGACUCUGCUGAGGGUUUCAGCGAGGCCAGCCGCAAGAUUAGAGAGGCGAUGAAGGACCGGCGGAAGAAGUCUGACAAGGUCAAGAUGGAGGCUGGUGGAGACGAAGAUGAAGAGUCUGAUAGCGACGAGGAUGGCUACAACGAGGCGAGGAAGAAGAAUAUCUGA